UCCGCUAAUGUAUCUGUCCCGGAUGUGAUAAAUGGCUCACAAAGCUGCUCUGGUUACAGGCUCUACGAGUGGAAUUGGUCUUGGAAUUGCAAAGGUACUGGCGAGAAAUGGAUAUGCUAUAUUUCUCAAUGGUUAUGGAGACAAGAAAACGAUUGAGAAGCUCAAAACAGAAAUUCAGUCAAAUUCUUGUGCACAAGUUGAACAUUUAGAGGCCAAUCUUGCUGACCUAGCAGAAAUAGAGUCCAUGUUUACUUCUGUGCAAGAGAAGUACCCGAGCGGAAUCGACAUAUUGGUCAACAAUGCAGGUGUGCAGCAUGUGGAUACAAUAGAGACAUUCCCAACAAGUAAGUGGGACCAUAUAAUUGCAGUGAAUUUAUCAGCAUCAUUCCAUACUAUUCGACUAGCUUUGACCAAAAUGCGAGCCAAAGGUUGGGGUAGAAUAAUAAAUAUCUCAAGUGCACAUGGCUUGGUAGCCUCGCCAUAUAAAUCUGCGUAUGUAGCUAGUAAACAUGGCAUCAUAGGACUGACAAAAAGUGUAGCAUUAGAAACCGUCAACUCUGGGAUCACAUGCAAUGCUGUUUGUCCAGGCUGGGUUUUGACUCCACUUGUUGAGAAACAAAUUCAGACAAUUGCUCAAGCAAACAACACAUCUCUGGAGGCAGCUAGAGUGACACUCAUAUCUGAAAAGCAACCACAACUAGAAAUGGUAACAGGAGAGCAGAUUGGUGAUCUCGUGGCAUUUCUGUGCUCAGAAUCUGCAAGGAAUAUUACCGGGGCAUCUCUCAGUAUAGAUGGGGGAUGGACAGUGAGAUAACAAAAUUAUAACUUUGAUUCGAUACGUGCAUGUAUUGUAGUGGUCUACAAUUAAUUGUAGUCUGACUGUAUACUCCAUGUGCACUAUGUAUAUUCAAGUUAUUAAUUGAAAUCAAAUAGUUGGUCAAACAAAA